AUGGAUGUGAACGUGAAGUUGGUCAAAGAUGAUGGUAUCAGCAAAUCUGUAGAUCCGGUUAUUUAUCAAUCAAUGGUGGGAAGCUUAAUUUACGCGGCUAUUGCAACACGACCAGACAUCGCUCACGCAGUUGGUACUCUGGCAAAGUUCAACUCGUCUCCAAACGAAGCACACCUUACCGCUGUUAAGCAAGUAUUUCGUUACCUGAAAGGAACAAUUAGAUAUUCAAGCUGCAAUAAUCAAGCGACAAUCGCAAUGUCAAGAAACUCUGUUCUACACAAGCGCCCCAAACAUAUUGACAUUAAAUUCCACUUUGUGCGAGAGAAAGAACAAGAUAAAAAAAUCGAACUUAAGUAUUGUCCUACUCAAGAAAUGACUGUUGAUAACUUCACGAAACCUUUAACACGGGGACAGUUUGAAUGUCUUCGAGCAAGACUCGGACUUGUACAAGUGCAGUAA